AUGGCUUCUCAAAAGUCCCAAGGGACUUCGAGUCCGUCUGCGUCGUCCAUUUUCCUCCCUCUCGGACGUCGAGGCUCACGAAGCUCCAUCUCAACCCAGGCAGAACAAGAAAACCUGAAUGCAGCUCUUGACCAAAUCCAUACAGCGGCCUAUAAUUCAGACUCCCUUACCGUAUUCAACGAGUUCACCAACCCACCCGCGCCGACAUCUGCAACGGACGAGAAGAGUUUAUCAGGCGAGCUUCAGGGUGGUCUUAGUGGGCUAUAUAGUCGAUUUCGAACUUCGGUCGGUGGAGUGAGGGAUAUUGUGAGCGGCGUGGGGAAGUCAUCUGAUAAGGCUGCUGCUGAGAGCUCUGCGGUUAAGAACUCUACAUCGGAUCAGGCUGUGUCUAAAUCAGGUUCUGAACCAACAGGCGCCGCCGCAGAUUCGCAGCACUCACACCCAAACUCAUCCCAAGGGUCUAGAUUACAUUCGCCAACACUUAGCUAUUUUCAAUCUAGCGGCGAUGGCUCGAAUCAGCUUGGUGUUGGAAAGGGAUCCAAGAUCUCCUCCAAAACUGCAAGCGUAUCCUCUAAGGCUUCCGCCUCACCCUCGCCAGCCCUAAAAUCCCCUAUUGCACCCUUGCCUAAGGGCACAACCAGCUCCACAGCCGUGGAUCCUGCAGUUACUGAACUUAAUGUGAAUGCCACCAAGGAGCCAUCAUACCAUUCAAGCAACAACUCUAUCAAUCUUUCCACUCAUAGCUUCCAGAAUAUCGAGUCUACAGGCGUGGAUAAAGAAGAGGCUCCUCUUCCUACACCAUUGAGUCAGAACUCCUCGGUAUUGAGCCAACCGUUAACACAUUCUCCCGGUCUAUCAGCAAAGGCGUAUAACAAUCCAUACAAUGAAGCUCCUGCGCCAUCGGAUGCCAGCAGGUCUUCAGCAACAGGUGGCCAGCUACCCGAGAGCUCGACAAGGACAGGAUCAGUAGACUGGCAGAUGCACCACGAAUUGGAAAUGCCUUUAUCUGGCCCGCUGUGGAAGCCCAGACAUUCAGUAGAUGGGGCACCAGAUGGCACGCAAUCACCUAAAGAUAAAAUUAGAUCCAACUCUGCGGCCUCGUUCAACCCAGAUGGACCCGUCGUUCCAUUUUCGGCCACAAACAGCAUUUCGCCAUUGCCGAACAGUGGGGCGAAUUCAUUCCACGAAGGACAAACAGUAUCUCCUCUUACAACCCCUGCAAACAUUGGCGAUGGAGAUAGAAGAGGUAGUGAAUCAUCCAAGAUCCAGGCCAAGAAUAGGCCCAGGGAGUAUCCGACGCCUUCUGGCACGAGUCGUGCCUCUGAUAAUGCGACAUCUCGAGGCCUUAAACCUGAAACAUCAACGAAUUCGUCUGCUGUGACUCCACUGAAUACAGUCGAUCGCGUCUCUUACAACGAUGUGCGGAACAGACGCCCACAGGCUGGUGGAGGCGAAAAUGUUGUAUCACAUCUCACAAGUAAACUGCUCAGUAGGGACUUCUGGAUGCGUGAUGAAAAUGCAAAAGAUUGCUUUCAUUGCGGAGAAACCUUCUCUACGUUUCGGCGAAAACAUCACUGUCGGACUUGCGGCCAGAUAUUUGAUUCCAAGUGCACCCUCCUGAUCCCCGGAGAUCGGUUUGGACAACCCAGCAAUAUACGCGUCUGCAAGCCCUGUGAGGCUAUGAUAAAUGCACAUGAUGAUGAUUCGUCGGAAUUCUCUGAUAGUGAACAAAGCCCGAUGGUACCCAAUCCCCGUGUUUCCGAAUUGGGCUUGAGCAACAAUUCUCGUAUGCCCGCCGACGAUGACGACACUUCUUCAGUAAUCUCUCAGUCAAUCGAUCAUGUCAUGAAAACACCAACAAUGGCAAUUCCAGCUACAAGACGUGCUGGUGAAGGUCAUAACCGCCGCUCGGCAGUCCUGGAGAUCAGCCCAGACCGACCGUUAGCGAGACCUACAUCCUCAAGGUCACUUAAAUCAUCACUCAGUGGAAGACCUCAUUCAAUGGGCCAUAAACGUCACCAUUCACGUCAACAAUAUAUUCGCAAUUUCAAGCCUUUCCAUGAUGAGCGGGCCCCCUUCCAACGACGCCAUGCGGAAGACAUGGGCCCUGAAUCUCGACUCCCUGCGUUUCACAAAGACAACAUUAUCGACCCAGAUUUAGCACAGUAUCUCUCUGAUGAUGCAUCCAGCGGCGAUGAGCAGCCAAACUUGCUAUCUGUUGCUUCAGAAGGGUCGUUGUCCAAAAGUGGAGGUGACAACGAGAGAACAACAUUUGGUGGGUUCCUUGCUGCCAUGAAAAAGGGUCGAUCAGCGUUUGGUGACCGGAAUACUGGAAAUUUCAGUCUUGGUCGAGAAGGGGAUGAAGGUAGCAUCACUAGCUCAAGGGCAGUGAAUCUGCCUCGUCCUCGCCGACGUAACUUGAGUGUCGCCAGUAGCGUACACCAGCGCCAUUCUCCACGAACAUCAAAGGAGGGGAUUUUUAAUAUACAUGAGUCUCCAAAUCCUGGGGCCUCUUUUCCUAUAAGCGCGGCUUCACCAGGGUUUAAGAUGACAAGAAGUUCGUCCAUGAGAGGCGCCGGUGCUCCGCCAGUUGAGUUGAACAGGACUAGCUUGCAACAUGUCCGUAAGCUUUUGCGGCAAUUACUGAAGGAUGAAUCUAUCCCUCAUGUUCAAAGCUGGGAAACUGCGCUUCUGCCGAUUCUCUUGAAAGUUGCGGAUGAAGUUGACCCCGAUGUCCAACGUGGCGAUGAUAUGGAUAUUCGCCAUUACAUCAAACUCAAAAAGAUUGUAGGUGGUCGGCCAGGAGAUACAUCCUACGUCUCAGGUUUGGUUUUCACAAAGAACCUCGCUCUUCGAAGCAUGCCAAGGAGUAUUUCACGCCCAAACAUAUUGAUUAUCGCAUUUCCUCUCGAAUACGCACGCCAUCAACAACACUUCAUGAGCCUGGAACCUGUCAUUCGACAAGAACAAGAGUUCCUUGAGAAUCUUGUGAGUCGAAUAGCUGCCCUUCGGCCCAGUCUGCUUCUAGUUGAGAAGAAUGUUUCCGGAUUGGCCUUGGAACUGCUCGACAAGGCCAACAUUGCGACAGCUUACAACGUAAAAUCUUCGGUGCUUGAAGCUGUUUCGCGAUGCACUCAAACAAGGAUCAUAACCUCCAUGGACAAACUUGUGACUACUCCCAUGAGCAGCGAGUGUGGCAGCUUUGAUGUCAAAACUUAUGUUUGCAACGGCCGUAAAAAGACGUACAUGUACAUUUCCGGUUGCCCCAAGGGGCUUGGAUGUACAAUCGUUCUACGUGGCGGUGAUAAUCAUGUUCUAGGGAAGAUCAAAAGUAUCACCGAGUUUAUGGUUUAUGUUGUUUACAACCUUAAACUGGAAACCUGCUUGAUGCGAGAUGAAUUUGCUCAAAUACCAACUUCGCCUGACGAGAGUGCCAAAAAGGGUGCUAAUGAUCUGGCACAAUCAAACACCUCCUCAAUAAUAAGCGACAUGACCGGCUCCACAAUGUCAAACUUACUGCAAGACUCGAUGGGGAAGAAAGACGAUGCUUCAUCCAUUGAUAAGAAGAUUACUGCCACUGGUGAAGUUACCGAAGUACCUGAUGAUGUUCCCAUGCCGACAUACUAUGAAGAUAUGGUUCAAGACCAUGAAACCAAAAUAUUAUCUGCUUCUCCUUCUGUUAAAUUCGAGCCUCCCCAUCUACUCAUGCGCGCGAGAGAAAUGGAACGCAGGUUGGCAUAUUUGAAAAGACUACGGGACCAAGACCUUGGUUCUGAUCAACAGGUAGAUGAGAAAUCCAAACCUCAGAAAUUUGUGCUUAUCACCCCUGAAAUGGUUCACGAAUCACCCCAGGGUGCUCCGCCCAAGGUCAAAGAGGUUUUGCGUGCGGCUCAUGAUGCUGAGUAUGAUAGAGCACUUCAUCACUACCAGACCCAGAAACGCCAAUGGGAAGCUUAUGUAUCUGGAAAUGCCAACCUUUUCGACCCGUAUGAGCAUCAAAAUAUCGCCGUCCUUUUCAGUCUUGUUUGCACUACGACCUCGAUACCAUGCUCAGGUCCAGACCUCUUUGCUUUGGAGUACUACAACGAACAUGGGGACGAUGAAUUUGAGCCGGAUUGUACCGUUGGACAGUAUGUGGAAGACCUUUGUCAUAAUAACAAUGCUAUCUGCACCGCAAAUGGCUGUGAAAAAAGGAUGUUCGAACAUCACCGUCAAUAUGUCCAUGGAGAAGCCCAAAUCAGCGUCUUCAUCCAGCCAUACCCUUCCAAGGUUCGAGGUCUGCAGGAUACCAUUUUGAUGUGGAGCUGCUGCAAAAUAUGUGGUAACGAAACGCAAGUCAUUCCCAUGUCUGACAGUACCUGGAGAUAUUCAUUUGGUAAAUAUUUGGAACUUGCAUUUUGGGGUAAAAACAUGCAUGCCCGGGCUGGAGUUUGCCCUCACGACCUACAACGUGACCAUCUUCGCUACUUUGGCUUCAAGGACGUCGCCUUACGAAUCCAUUAUGACGCCAUUAAUCUGCUCGAAAUCAUUGUCCCAAGAACACGAGUAACUUGGAAGGUCGACAACGACCUCAAACUUCGAAAUGGCGUUUAUCUGAGAACAGAACAGCGCUUGAGCAAAUUCAUGUCCUCUGUUAAAGCACGCUUGAAAGGAAUAAACAUUGAAAGCGUUGUUCCGGAACUGUCAGAGGAUUGCAGAAAAGAGAUUGAAUUCUUGAACAAAAAGGCCAAUGAGGACCAUGCCGCUUUGAUCAAGCAAUUGCAAGACAAGUAUACAAACUCUCGAUAUUGGGAGGUUAUCCCAUUGAACGAGGUGCUGCGUUCCGUUCAGGAAAAGGUGGUCGAGUGGGACACUGCAUUCGCAGAGUUCGAGAAGAACUUUUUUCCUUCCGAAAAGGACAUCAGGCGUCUAGCAACACUGCAGUUGAAGAAAAUUUUCUUGGAUAGAGAUAUCUCGAGUGCAUCUCUUACACCAACUGAAGAUUCCCAGGCGGCUCCAAGUGAGCCUGAAAGCGAGACAACGCAGGAGAAAGAACAGGUGCGGCCAAUGCGUCGUAUGACUCUCUCUCCAGAAAAGGCGCAGGAUGUUCUUGUUUCUGUUGUUGAAGAGCACUCUGGCAAAAAGAACAGGGAUCAAGUCGAGGAAAUUGAACCACCUAAAGCAGAAGAGGUUGAUUCAUCGGCUUUAUCCAUCAGCCCCGAAGAAGGCAAAUUAUCUUCUUCUCCACAGGCCGAGGCCGUAGCACAAAAGGAAGUCCGACACCUUGAUUUAGCAGUACCUUCCGGUCAACCUGAGCACCAGCCCCCGGAAGUGAUUCCUCUUACGGAAGCUACGAACUCGUCGGGGCCUGUUCCCACACCUGUCGAUCCCGUCAAGAAAUCGGCAGAGUCUCCUCCCGAUGACAAAGCAGGAAGUCCUGAACAGAGUCAGCCCCAGGGAAUGGCUGAGGGUCCUGAAAGCCCUCAACCGACCACACCACCCCAACCUCGUUCAUCUAUUCCACGGCUCGCUGAAGCUGCUUUCCGGCGCAAUGGAAAGACCAGGUCUCCGCCUUUGUUCCGUGCCCAAUCUCAGCCCGCUCAUCUCAAGAAGGAACGGAGUAAUAGUGGAACCCCUCUGGCAGGACUGAAGAUUGGAGCCGGAAACAAUAACGGUUCUGGCGGUGUCGCCAACCCUCCUUUCGAUUCAAAAUUGAAGAUCACGGAAAAACUCUCGGAUCGCUUUAAUUUGAGUGCUGCGCUCAAAGGUGGAAGGGGAGGCUCUUUGAUUCCUCGCUCAGUUCCUGGUAAAAAGCUCAAUUCACGCGUGUCUAACCUGGCGAAGCAUUUCGAACAAUUAAGCCGGGAGUUUGAAAAGGAACGUCAGCGUGAACGACGCCAGCGGGCUGCCAAGGGUACUCACUCUCGUGCAUAUCCACUGGCAUCUUCAAAGCCCAUUGUAGAGGUCUACAAGAAUGUCAGGGAGGCGGUUGAGGAACGAGAACCUUCAGGUGAGAGUGAAGAGUUUCUGUCGUCGGCCUCACGGAUUCCAUUGAGUGAAUCAAGGAGGGGGAGCGAAGAGCUUCCGAAGAGAGAAUCGGAGGAAGAACCGAGGAAAGAGCCAGCUCCAGAGCAGCCAGUCGCUGAACCAACCGGAGCAGAUGACCAAGCUCAAGCCGACAAUCAGAACGCAUCUGAAGGUGAGGCAGAGGAUGGCCACAGCGACGAAGAUCGGAUUUCGUCAGACGGUCUUCAAAACCCAGACUUGCAGGACGACGUACCCAAGUUGUCGCCAGAUGAUGAUUCUUUGCCAAAACACGAACAGAAUACACUAUUAAAGAUGCUGACGAAUUUCUGGUCGGAGCGCUCUGCUAGUGGAUGGGCACCUCUUGACUACCCACUCGCCAUGUCAGACCAUGUCUUUGCGGACUGCGACAUUAUUGUUCGUGAAGAUGAACCAAGCUCUUUGAUAGCUUUUGCCUUAGACUCGGGCGACUAUAAGGAGAAAUUGGCAAGCAUCCAGAGGCGCUAUGAAGAGCUUGAUGAACAAAAUUCGGCACCUGUAAAGGAUCUGGAAGCUCGGAAUGAAACCCGUGUUGAACAUGCCCUUCUGAGAGCCACAGGCACCCAUCUCAAGUACCAGUUCCAGGAAGGGCAGGCCAAAAUGCUUUGCAAAGUGUUUUACGCCGAGCAGUUUGAUGCUCUACGGAAGAAAUGCGGUGUUUCUGACCGGAUCGUGGAGUCCCUAUCCCGCUGCGCGAAAUGGGAUUCCAAGGGAGGCAAGACCAAUUCCUUGUUCUUGAAGACGCUUGACAAUCGGUUCAUUCUGAAAUCCCUUUCAACCAUUGAAACCCAGGCAUUCCUCAAGUUUGCGCCGGCUUAUUUCCAAAUCAUGUCCGAGGCUCUUUUCCAUGAGCUACCAUCUGCAAUCGCAAAAAUGUUCGGCUUCUACCAGGUUAUCAUCAAGAACCCCGCCACAGGGGUAGAGUACAACUGGUUCUUGUUGUUGAUGGAAAACCUAUUCUAUGACCGUGUUCCGACGCGUAUCUUCGACCUGAAAGGAUCCAUGAGAAACCGCAAAGUACAGAGCACCGGGGAGCGCAACGAGGUGCUUUUGGAUGAAAACAUGGUGGAUUUCAUCUACGAGACACCGCUGUUCGCCAGGGAGCACUCGAAGAAGCUGCUCAGCCAGAGCGUAUGGAACGACACACUCUUUUUGGGUAGACAGAAUGUCAUGGACUACUCGCUCAUGAUUGCGAUUGAUGAAAGCCGGUCUGAGCUGGUAGUAGGUGUCAUCGACUGCAUCCGCACGUACACCUGGGAUAAGAAGCUGGAGUCAUGGAUCAAGGACCGGGGAUUUGCAGGUGGCGGCAAGAAUCGACCAACAGUUACCAGUCCCAAAGAGUACAAGGGUCGAUUUAGAGAGGCAAUGGCCCGAUACGUUCUGCAGGCCCCGAGCUGCUGGCAACAGUCCCAUGUGCCUCGAUACCGCCAAGUUGAAAACCACCUGGCUCACGGAGCCAACACCGUUGAUGCUGAAAGUGCCGAUGGGCACGCUGAGUCUGGUUAA